AUGCAAAUAAGGAAACAACGACAAUUUACUAAUAUAGAAUUAAAAUCAUGUACGAUAAAUCAAAGUGUAAAACCAAGCAGAAAGGAUUGGACAGAUGGUACACCACUAAAAUCGGAAGAUACCAUCAUGUCAUCUCAGUUAUAUCAAAAUAAUUGUUUCAUUAUGACAAAAAUCACCAACCAGAAGUGUGGUGCUAUCAAUUCUAGUAUUAUGCAUUUUCAAAUAUUUGUAAAAACUCUUACUGGAAAAACCGUUACUUACAAUGUGAACUCAAAGAUGGAUAUAGCUACUGUGAAAGAAUUAAUACAAGACAGUGAAGGGAUUUCUCCCGAUCAACAACGUCUUAUAUUCCGUGGAAUGCAGUUAGAAGACGGCAGAACUCUGUCAGACUAUAGUAUACCAAAAGAAGGUACGUUACAUCUCGUACUACGUUUACGAGGCGGAAUGUAUCAUUUUACAAGCGGUCGACAAGAUUUUCGUAACUUGCCUAAUAGCAGUGCCGAAGCUGUUAAAAAUGUUCUUGCAUUCAAGGUUAAAGAUAUGGAUCAUACUCAACAUGUAUCACCAUCUGAAUUACAAAAUUCUAUUUUACAAGCACAAGCUAUUCUCUCAACUUUAUAUCGUGUAGUUGCAGGCUUUUCUAUAUCUCAUAAUAUUCCAAACUUAAAGACUAUCAUAUUACCAACACCCACUGACAAUGAAGAUAGCAAUGAGGAUGAAGAUGAUGACGAUGAUACGUCUAACGAUCAAUAA